AUGCGGAUGUUAGCUAAGAUCCUUCAUCGUCAAAUUUUUCUGGUAGCUGCGCCAAAGGGUCUGGCGAAGGCCAUUUACGAAAUUUUCGAUCCAGCAGAUGUCAAGAAGAACGGGGAGAGCUUUUCAUCGGUAAAAGAAAGGAUCUUCUACUCAGGUCAGCCAAGGCGAUGGAUAAAUGAGCUACAGAAAACAUGUCGUUCGGAGGCUGUGCAAUCAUCUACGCCGAUAGUGAUCCUUCUAAACGGAAACCACUAUAGCUGGCUUAAGUUUGACACGAGAAUGAACACAGAGGAGGAGGACGACAUGGAGAUAGUAACCGAGACCCCUAAAGGAUACCACGAUGCAAGUCUGACUACUAUCGUCGAAGAAGACACAGCUAUGGAGGAAGUAGACGUAGUAGAAGAACGAGACGAACCAACAGAAAUGGAGGUGAUCGAAGCAAUAGGAGGUGAGCGAAAGGAAGAAUUGCUGACAUUCCCAACGGAAGGAAUUGCUGGUCAAGCGCCCAGUACAAAACGCCAACUCCGUGAAGCAGACCUUUCUGGCUCAAGAACACUGGAUGAUUGGGCACGAAAACUAGAUGUCGAACCGUCCGAGCUGCAUGGGCAGCAAAACGAGCUCCAGCAGAUCACUUCCACAUAUACUACGUCUCAGACAAAUAGUAGCGCGGAUCAAGAGUCGGAGUGGGCUCCGUCGCCAGAAAAGGAGGAUCAGUCGAAAAAAUCGUCAAACUCCGGGAGCGGGAGAUUUAAUUCUGAGGGCCUAACAUUGGGAACGAACAGACUUAGGGAGAAGGCGUUAAAACAAGACAACAAAUGCCCAUUGGAUGGAAGCAGUAAGAACGACUCCAAGAGAACUUUUGCAGCUCUUACAAGACUUCUCUUCACCAGACUACGUAUUAAGUACGAUGACGGACGCAGUUUUGGACGAAUGGACACUAGAAACGCGUCGGGACUGUCUAACAGAGUGUAUUGA